AUGGAGUUCUUGAGGUUUCUUUUAUUCUUCACAAUCCUUUCCCUUGCAAUUGUGGCAAGCCAAGCAGAUCUUGAUGAUUAUUGGAAGUCCAAGUUGCCCAACACUCGUAUGCCUAAAGCAGUUCGCGAUCUUUUACACAAUGAUUGGUCCGAGGACAAGAGCACUUCCGUCGGAGUUGGCAAAGGCGGCGUAAAUGUCAACACCGGAAAAGGCAAAGGCACACAUGUGAAUGUUGGCAAAGGCGGUGUAAAUGUUAACACCGGAAAAGGCAAAGGUACCCACGUGAGUGUUGGCAAAAAAGGCGGCGUGGGUGUCUCUACCGGAAAAGGCACCCGUGUUGGUGUCGGCAAAGGCGGCGUCGGCGUCUCCACCGGUCACAAAGGUCACCGUGUCUACGUCGGAGUAACCCCUUCGCCGGAUCCAUUCAAGUACCUGUACGCCGCUUCCGAAGCCCAACUCCACGACGAUCCAAACGUAGCCCUUUUCUUCCUCGAAAAGGAUCUCCACAAGGGAACCACCAUGAAUCUCAAAUUCACCGAACCACAAAGCUCCCCCGCCGGUUUCUUACCCCGGAAAACCGCCGAUUCCAUCCCCUUUUCAUCAAACGGGGUCGACGACGUCCUGACCCGAUUCGACCUCAAACCCGAUUCGGCCUCCGCGGAGGCGCUGAAGAACACCAUCAAGGAAUGCGAGGAGCCCGGAAUCGACGGCGAGGAGAAAUACUGCGCCACAUCGAUGGAAUCCAUGGUGGAUUUCACCACAUCCAAAUUGGGUUCAAAAGUGGAGGCGAUUUCAACAGAGGUUCAGAAACCCGAUACAGAGUCAUCCCAGAAAUACCAAAUUGUUGAUGUCCGGAAGUUGAAUGGCAUCAAGGAUGACAAAUCAGUGGUUUGCCACAAGAUGAAAUACGCCUACGCCGUUUUCUACUGCCACAAAACUCUGGAAACCGAAGCUUAUGCAGUUAGCUUAAUCGGGGCAAAUGGAAACAGAGCUAAAGCUGUGGCAGUUUGUCACAAGGAUACAGCAGCUUGGAACCCCAAGCAUUUGGCAUUCCAGGUGUUGAAAGUCAAGCCAGGGACUGUUCCAAUCUGCCAUUUCCUUCCUCAAGAUCACAUUGUUUGGGUUUCUGCUUAA